ACUGCAGUUCCCAGCAUGCCGCGCGCGCGGAAGGGGCGUGGCCGCGGCGCCGCUUCCGUGCUGGCGGCGAGGCGGAGGAGCGGCAAGAUGGCGGCGGCGGCGGUGCUGGAGCUGCAGCGCGCGCAGUCCCUGCUCUCCACCGACCGCGAGGCCUCCAUCGGCAUCCUGCACUCCAUCGUGAAACGUGAUGUCCAGGAAAAUGAUGAGGAGGCGGUGCAAGUCAAAGAGCAGAGCAUCCUGGAGCUGGGGUCACUGCUGGCCAAGACUGGGCAGGCAGAAGAGCUGGGAGGACUCCUGAAGUACGUGCGGCCCUUCCUGAACUCCAUCAGCAAAGCCAAGGCCGCGCGCCUCGUCCGCUCCCUGCUCGACCUCUUCCUGGACAUGGAGGCAGCCACAGGACAGGAGGUGAGCCUGCAUCCCAGCACCUGGCAGUUCCUCAAAAGCCUGCAACACCAUCACCUGACCUAGUUUGCUUCUCACUGAAGAAUUAUUCAUGUCAGGAAGCAGACUUUUAAUGCGUUUGGAUGUAUUUUAUAAAUAAAUUAUCAGAUAAUUCUUUU